GGCGGCCGCAGGUUGGUUGGCCCGCCCGCCUGCUGCGUCCGCGGGUCGCUUUGCGCCCGGCGCCUUUGGCAAAAGUUCGCCGCUGCAGCAGCUGCGCCCGUGCGUCAUGGAACAGCCCGGCGGGUGAGCUGCGCCCAAGCAGCGCGGAGGCACCCGAGCCUUGUGGUCUCGCCACCCUACGGAAGGAGAGGGGACCCCGCGAGGCCAUCUGCGCCACCCUCCCCACUCCCGAGAGACCCGGCUGCCGCUGAGGACCCCCCUUGCCAGCCCCGCAGAGAGGCGGACGGGCGUUGAGCCCCAGCGAGGCGGCCGCGGAGGAGCUCGCUUGCCUCCUCUGCGCGAGGACCGUUUGGCUGCGCUCGAGGGGACCCCCCGGACCGCGCUAGGUGCCUCGGCCGCCCGGCGCCACCGGAGGAGGGACUUGCCCAGCGCCCUGUCCCUUGUCCCCGGGGCUGUCGCUCGUCUCUCUCCGAAGCGGCGGCGGCGGCUGAACCGGUUGGAUCGCCUGCCAGGAUACCCGACGGCCCCGCGCGCCUCUCCAAAAAGGGGGCUCCGCUGUCUCCCCGCCAGUCUUGCAAACUUUCUUCCCGACCUCUCCAAGCUCUGCGGUGGAUGGGUGUCCUUCCUUCUUCUCCUGGCCUUCCACCCUCCUCCUUUUCCUCGCGCAGUCGGCUUUCCCGGGGCUUUGCUGCGAAAUCAAGCGGGCGCACAGAAAUCCAGGCUCCCGGGCAGGAGACCCGCGUUCUUCCUCUUUAUUUCUGAUUCUCUCUCUCUCUCUCUCUCUUUCUCCCUCUCCCUCUCUCUUCCCCUCUUCUAAAUCUACCCUGUGGGCGAUCUCUUUUGACCGCUGUCCUGGUUUCUGAACCGCUGGAAAUCGACUAGGGAGAGAGCGAGCGAACAACAAAAGAGACAUCUUCGGAGCCCCGCAAGGGAUUUUACGCUUGGCUGGUGGAUCUGAAUCGGUUUGGAGAGAGCGCUCCGGUGGGCUGGGAGGAGGACCCCUUCCUGGGCGCACUCUCUGCUUGCUUUGGGGUGGAAUGGAGAGUCUUCUUCCUUGUGCCAAAGUUUCAGAUCCUGCAAAGAGGUGAAACUUUCUAUUUAGGGGGCUGUUUUUCCUGUUCUCCCCCCCCCCCCCCCCGCCCUUUCUCUUCCUUUUUUUUUGUGGAGUGGACAAAACAACAAGGGGGUGUCCUGUGGAAAGGCAGCAACAACAGAUUCACGUGGACUUUGUUGUGUGUGUGUGUGUGUGUGUGGACUGAGGCGUGACCUCUGGACAGAGAGGAGUGAUUUGUAGCCGUUUUCACAUUUUUCCUCCACCCUUCAGGGAGUCUGGUGGGUUUCCAAUCCCAUCCGACCGGGAUUCAGCCUUGCAAAGAAAACAUUUCUGGUUUAUAACAGUGGAGACUUUUCUUCCUGGUUCCCUUUGGAUUGGAAGGCUGAGAAGUUCUGAAUUGCUCUUUUUAUUUCUUUUUAUUGUUAAAAAAAAAAAAAAAGAUCCACGCCUUCUCUGAAUUGUAGAGCCAACCGAUUUAAAAAGCACAGACCAAACCUCUUUCGGAUCAAGAUGCUUCAUUCCGACCUAUAAUUUCAGUCUUCCAAAAAGAGACCUGAGGAGGAUGGAUAACCCCUGGGCUGCUUUGAUACGGCUAUAGUCAUGAGCCUUUCCUGGUUUUCCUGCCCCCCGCCUGAGAUCUGCGACCCCCAGGAGAAUGCGCUUGGCUUUGCCCCAUUCUUAACCUCCCUCCGCUGAUUGGGAAGGCGACGACUGUCCGUCUUAGACCUCCUUCUAUAAAAAAAACACCAGAUGGUUUUGUCCUUCGGAGAUUGUCCUCUUCUGCUCUUUGUCUCCAGCCGUUGCCAAGUCUGCUGCGGGCCUUGCUAGCUUCCUGGGGACGGCCCCUUUUCAACAGCGCCCAGGAGGUGGGGGGGCUGGGGGCAGAGACCCAGCCGCCUCACCGGACACCCCCAUGGCAAUCCGAGCCCGAGCGCUUUACGAUUUCCAGAGCGAGAACAAGGAAGAAAUCAGCAUCCGCGAGAAUGAAGAGUUGACGCUCUUCAACGAGAAGUCCCUGGACGGAUGGCUGCAAGGCACCAACUCCCGCGGGGAGACGGGCCUGUUCCCCGCCUCUUACGUGGAGAUCCUCCGCUCCAGGUCCUCCUCUACGUACACCAACAGCCCCGCUGGGUCUCCUGGAAACGGCUCCUCCUUCUAUGUCCCCUCGUCCGUCCCGGGCAUUUCCCACCAGGGCAGCUUUGAAGAUGACGACGAUGACUGGGAUGAUUGGGACGACGAAAGCACAGUGGUGGAGGAGCCCAGGAGCGGGGCAGGGACCAACGGGCACCCGUCACCCACCCUGUCCUGCCCCAGGCCCUACGCUCACCCCAACAACGGCGGCGGCCGUCCCAAGCCGUCCCUGGAGAGGCAGGACAGCAUCGGGUCUUCCAAGAGAGGAAGCGUGGUGAGCCGCAACCUCAACCGCUUCUCCAGCUUUGUCCGUUCCGGCGUGGAGGCCUUCGUUUUGGGGGAUGUGCCCAUGAUGGGCAAGAUCUCGGAGGCCUACUACAUAGACAUGGGCUCCAAAGGCCCACAGUGGCGGUCCAACCCCCACCCUUUCCUCUGCUCCGUGGAAGAGCCCACCAAGCAAACCAAGUUCAAAGGCAUCAAGAGCUACAUCUCCUACCGGUUGACGCCCAGCAACGGCCAUUCGCCGGUUUACCGGCGCUACAAACACUUCGACUGGCUCUACAACCGCCUGCUGCACAAGUUCACCGUCGUCUCGGUGCCCCACCUGCCGGAGAAGCAGGCCACGGGGCGCUUCGGGGAGGACUUCAUCGAGAAGCGCAAGCGGAGGCUGAUCUUGUGGAUGGACCAUAUGACCAGCCACCCGGCCCUCUCCCAGUACGAGGGCUUCCAGCACUUCCUCAGCUGCGGCGACAACAAGCAGUGGAAGAUGGGGAAGCGCCGGGCGGAGAAGGAUGAGAUGGUGGGGGCCAGCUUCCUCCUGACCCUCCAGAUCCCAACCGAGCACCAGGACCUGCAGGAUGUGGAGGACCGCGUGGACACCUUCAAGGCCUUCAGCAAGAAGAUGGACGACAGCGUCCUGCAGCUGACCAGCGUAGCUUCCGAGCUGGUUAGGAAGCAUGUCGGCGGCUUCCGUAAAGAGUUCCAGAAACUGGGCAACGCGUUUCAAGCGGUCAGCCAAGCCUUCCAGAUGGACCCACCCUACAGCUUCGACGCCCUCAACAAUGCCAUCUCCCACACGGGCAAGACCUACGAGAUGGUGGGGGAGAUGUUUGCCGAGCAACCCAAGAAUGACCUGUUCCUCAUGCUGGACAGCCUUUCCUUAUACCAGGGACUCCUCUCCAACUUCCCAGACAUCAUCCAUCUCCAGAAAGGUGCGUUUGCCAAAGUGAAGGAGAGCCAGCGGAUGAGCGACGAAGGGAAAAUGGACCAGGAGGAGGCUGACGGGAUCCGGAAGCGUUGUCGUGUGGUUGGCUUCGCCCUGCAAGCCGAAAUGAAUCACUUCCACGAGAGGCGCAUCUUGGACUUCAAGAAGAUGAUGCAGUCCUACAUCCGGGAGCAGAUCGUCUUCUACCAGAGGGUCAGCCAGAAGCUCGAAGAGACGCUGAGGAGAUACGACAGCCUCUAGCAAAGCCCGCCCAGAUGUUUUUGCGCUCAGGGUGGCCCUCAACGCUACCGUGCCCUCCGCUGCGACUGCGUUUGCUUCUCUUGCCUCUGGGGAAGGGAGGUCUUCUCCUCAGUGGUGGAUCUUGGGAGGUUCUCCCCGUUGACUUGUUGUGCUCUCCGUCGUCUUCACGAUGCUAAACUUCGGGCGUCGAAAGGGAAGGUUGCAUCCCUGUCGUGACCAAAGCUUGGGAUGGUGUGUUUCGCCACCCAUCCCCGUCCAAUCGCAAGGACCCAUCGGCCGAGAAUCGUUGCACAAAAGACAUUUUGACGAGCGGAAUUCUUUUCCUCCAGAAGAGCUUCGAGCCUUGUUGUUUACAGAGGAAGUAAAAGAAUUUACUUUCCAAAGGAAAUGUAGCUUUUCGCUCCAGCCAGCUUCCUUCCCCCCCCCCCCCUCUUUCUCAGGCUUGAUUUUCUGGAAAAUCACACACUUAUUUAUCCAGAUCAUGUCCAGCACCAGCAGCUCCCGGUUCCCCUCCGGAAAAGGGUCAAAAUCAGGUUGAACCCAGUUCAGGAUCGUUGUUAUUGUUGGCUUUCCCCCCCUCUCUCUAGAGAGGAUAUGAUUGUGCAAAGCAGAGGUCUUUAAACUUGGCAAACUUUUAAAACUUGUGGACUUCAAUUCCCAGAAUUCUCCAGCCAGCUUUGGAGUCCACAAGUCUUAAAAGUUGCCAAGUUCGGUGGCCUCUGGUGCAAAACAAAAGAGAACAGAGAGCAAAAAUGGAAGUCGAAGGCAUGAAAACGUUUUGCACACCCAGAAUGGCUCUUUCGUGGAAGUGGCACAAGCAACACCAUCCUCACUCCUGAGGUCUGUUGCAGGUAGUUCUCGACUUAACGACCACAACCCGGCCCGGAAUUUCAGUUGCCAAGCGAGUCGGGUUGUCAAGUGAGUUUCCUCCCCUCCCCCUCCACGUUACGACCUUUCCUGACGUAGUUAUUAAGCGAAUCGCUGGCAGUUGAGUUAGCAAUACGGUCGUUAAGCGAACUUGCUUUUUUCCCCCGUCGACUUUGCUCUUCAGCCCCGUUAAGAUUGAGUGCAUGUUGUGUCCUUUUUAACUCGCCUUGUUUUGUAUUUUAAACUCUUUUAAUAUUUUUUAAAU